GAGAAACAAACGGACGCCACAGUGGUUAAUUAAAUGCUCUCGUCAAAAUUAGCAUAAAAUAUUUUGUGGUUAUUUAUUAAGACAAUUAUAAAAAUAAUGAUAGUGACCAUAUUUAUAACGUUAAUAUGUAUGUGGUUGGUGUAUUUGCUCCUGUGUCGUUGGUACUUCCCAGAGAAUGAGCGAGUGGCUACAUUUCCAGGAAAAUUGCCCUUCAUUGGCCAUGCUCACAAACUUAUAAAUACAGAAGAGGCAUUUCUCAAUGUGGUGUCAUUUGGGGAGUAUUCUAUGAAGAAUGGAGGUGUUGCUAAGUGUUAUAUUGGACCCAUGCCCUUUUAUGUUGUGACCGACCCAGAAGAUGUCUCCAUAGUCCUCAACAAAUGUUUGGACAAGUUGUUCGUGUACAAAUUUAUAGAACCAAUGGUUGGCAAAAUGCUGAUUGCUGCUGAAGUACCAACAUGGAAACGGAAUCGAAGGAUAGUGGACCUUUGCUUCAAGCAGCACAUACUGGACAACUAUCUUCAAGUGUUCAACGAACGAGCUGAGCGGUUUGUUGAGGCGCUUGCAGAAGACGUCGGUCAGGGUGAAGUUGACAUUAGGAAGAAAAUCACAAGAAGUAUUUUAGAGACUACUUGCCUAACCACUAUGGGGAUUAACCUUGAUGGGAAGUAUGAAAUCAAUGACAAGUACGCACAGGCGAUAAACGUCUGCCUAAACACGCUCUCUGGUAGAAUAUACAAACCUUGGUUCAUCAUCGACUUUAUUUUUAACUUAUCCAGUGACAGAAAGAAGUUAGACGAAGCACUGGAAACCGUCUUUGAGUUUUCGAAGGAAACAAUACAGCUACGAAAAGCGGAACACUUACAACGUUUACAACAAAAAGAGGAUAUCAAUAACAAAGGUGGAUUUCAAAGCGUGUUGGAUGUACUUUUGGAAAACUCAGUAACUGAAACCGAUAGCGUUUUCACUGAUGUUGAGUUGAGAAACAUAAUGGACAAUGUGAUCCUUGCUGCCUUCGAUACCACUAUCUAUCAGAUACUCUUCGUUUUAACCUGCAUCGGCAGUAGUUCCGAUGUGCAAGACAAGUUACUUGAAGAAAUAAAUUUAGUUUUAGGCGAAGAUGGAUCUCUUAGAAGCGAUAAUUUAUCUCAAAUGGUAUAUUUAGAUGCAGUUGUCAAAGAAGCUAUCAGAUUAUAUCCAAUUGCACCAAUGACAGGGCGACAGACGACAACACAUACAAAAUUGCGUAAUGCAACCAUACCCGCGGGCAGUUCUAUUAUAGUGCACGUAUGGGGUAUAAAUAGAAAUCCAAAAUAUUGGGGCUCGGAUGCGAAUGAAUUCAAGCCACAGAGAUGGUUAGAUUCUACUACUUUGCCAACUCAUCAAGCUGCAUUUGCUAGCUUCGGUCCAGGAAAAAGGGGAUGUGUUGGCAAAAAUUACGCCAUAUUGUAUAUAAAAGCAACUGUAGUAUCAUUGUUGCGCAAGUACAAGAUUACAGCUGAUCACACUAAACUGAAAUUCGUAUGUAAAAUAAUGAUCAAACCUUUAUCAGGGCACUUGAUUAAAGUAGAAAAAAGGCAUAAAUAAUGCAUGGCAACAAAGAUGAUCACACUGGACACAACUUAAAUUUAUGAUUUGUUUGGUGAUAAGGUAUAAUAAUAGACAGUAAGUA